AUGGCGGGGCCCGAUGUAAAGGUCAACGCAGAGAUCCGUGACCUGACCCGGAUCGAGCGCAUCGGCGCGCACUCGCACAUCCGCGGCCUGGGUCUCGACGAUGCACUUGAGGCGCGCGCCGUGUCGCAGGGCAUGGUCGGCCAGACCAAAGCCCGCAAGGCCGCAGGCGUUAUCUUGAAGAUGAUCCAGGACGGCAAAAUCGCGGGCCGCGGCGUGCUGCUGGCGGGGCAGCCGGGGACCGGGAAGACCGCCAUCGCCAUGGGCAUGGCCAAGGCGCUGGGGGAGGAGACACCUUUCGCUAUGAUGGCAGCCAGCGAGAUCUUCAGCCUGGAGAUGUCGAAAACAGAGGCGCUCACGCAGGCGUUCCGCAAGGCGAUCGGCGUGCGCAUCAAGGAGGAGACUGAGAUCAUUGAGGGCGAGGUGGUGGAGGUGGAGGUCGACCGGCCAGAGGGCGGCAGCGUGUCCAAGACGGGCAAGCUGACGCUGAAGACCACCGAGAUGGAGACGAUCUAUGAUCUGGGGCAGAAGAUGAUUGAGGCCCUGGCGCGCGAGAAGGUGCAGGCCGGUGACGUCAUCGCCAUUGACAAGGCCAGCGGCAAGAUCACCAAGCUGGGGCGCUCCUUUGCCCGGUCUCGGGACUACGACGCCAUGGGCCCCUCCACCAAGUUCGUGCAGUGCCCCGAGGGGGAGCUUCAAAAGCGCAAGGAGGUGGUGCACGUGGUGACGCUGCACGAGAUCGACGUCAUCAACAGCCGCACGCAGGGGUUCUUGGCGCUGUUCAGCGGCGACACGGGGGAGAUCCGGCCAGAGGUCCGAGAGCAGAUCGACGCCAAGGUGGCGGAGUGGCGGGAGGAGGGCAAGGCCGAGAUCGUGCCGGGGGUCAUCUUCAUCGACGAGGUGCACAUGCUGGACAUUGAGUGCUUCUCGUUCCUCAACAGGGCGCUGGAGAACGACAUGGCACCGGUGCUGGUGGUCGCCACCAACCGCGGCAUCACUAAAAUCAGGGGCACCAACUACCGCAGCCCCCACGGCAUCCCUAUUGACCUGCUGGACCGCCUGCUCAUCAUUUCCACCGACCCCUACUCUGAGCGGGAGAUGCGGCUCAUCCUGGACAUCCGGUGUGAGGAGGAGGAUGUGGAGAUGACUGAUGACGCGCGGGAGCUGCUCACAAAAAUCGCCCACGAGACCAGCCUGCGCUACGCCAUACAGCUGAUCACCGCGGCCAGCAUGGUGUGCCUGCGCCGCAAGGGUGCGGAGGUCGACAUCGACGACAUCAGCCGCGUGUACAGCCUGUUCGUGGACGUCAAGCGCAGCACACAGUACCUCAUAGAGUACCAGGAGCAGUUCAUGUUCAACGAGGGUGUGCGGGCAGAUCUGGGGGCGGACUAG